CCGAUAGGAAGAGGGAGCUUGUUGGAGUUGAUGGUCUGCGAUGAUUGGCUUUCAGUUCGAAGGUGUAUCUGUAUCAGUAUGGUCGAAGAAAGUGAAUUACGUUUGGAAUUUGAGAAAUUGUGCUUUUCGCAAGAUGAUUUAAGCGUAAUUUGGAAUAAUUACUGGUCGUUUGAAAGCAACAAAGAAGCACAAGCCGAAAAUGUGUUCCCAGUUGCUAAAGUUACGGCCCAACUACGACAAUUCACAACAAAUCGGGCCGGAUAUCUUGGAGACCAUUUCAUACUCGAAUUGUCAACUGACCAAUGCGACACUCGUUUAGCAUUGUUUUUAAAAGCUGCACCAUCGUCUAUACCGGCCCUUACUCGUUACCUGCAAGCAAUAGGCACAUCUCGCAAGGAAUCAAGAGUGUAUGGCGAACUGUUUCCGAAGCUCAGAAUCUAUUCGCGCUUCGCACCGAAUUGUUACUUUUCCGAUAGAGGCAAGGGUACGGUGUUGGUGCUGGAAAACUUAAAAACACAAGGAUUCGAAACUAUUCCCAGUGACGCUACAAGAACAUUUGAUGAAGAGCAUAUAAAGUGCGCACUUGCUGCCUUGGCAAGAUUCCAUUCGGCAACAAUUCUGUUGGAAAAAGAGACGGGAACAAGUGUACCGCUGCAAUUUCCGGGGUUGUUGGAAGAAAAUGCUUGGAUUAGAAGGGAUAAUAAUCCAAGAAUAGAGGAACUCAACAUUGCCGUCGAUAUUUUGCUCGCAUUUGUGCGAAUCAUCGAAAAUGACAAUCCACGGUUGAUAACGAUACUGCAAAAACUACCCUCGUUUGUGAUGCAGAUCUACGAGCUUGUUAAGCCUUCUAGCAAGUUUAAAAACGUCGCAUGCCAUGGUGACCUCUGGGCUAGCAAUAUGAUGUUUCGCUAUCAAAAUAAUGAACCCCGAACGCCACUAGAGUGCCUGUUAGUUGACUUCCAGUUUAUGCGUUAUGCGCCACCAGCGUACGAUGUAAACAUGCUAAUCACGCUCAAUACCACUGGGGAAUUUCGGCGGCAGCAUUAUGUUAAGCUAACACACUUCUACUAUCAAUGCUUAAAGGCAGAACUGGAAACGCAUUCAAAACUGUGUGCAAACCCCGAGACGUUAUACCCACAGGACACGUUCUUAGCGUCUUGUGAGGUGUACAAAACAUCUGGACUGAUUGAAAACUUCCUAAUGAAUCAUGUUACACUAUUGCCACGUAGCUACAUCGAUGAUAUAUUUUCUUCCCCCGAGCGUUUUGAACGGUUUAGCGGAGCGGAAAAGAUUAAACUGUGUUUGGAAGUGUUCCAGAAUAAUGUGAAUUAUCGUGAAAGAAUGACGGGAAUUAUAAAAGAUAUUGUAGAAAUUUUGUGAAAAUCAGCAAUCAGCAAUACUACUACAUUUAGUUUGUAAGCUCCAACCAUGUUAGUCAUUCCUGUUCAGCAGUUGAUGAACACUCGAUAAUAUCAUAGCUUAUGUGACAAUAAUCUUUAUUAUGUAUUAAGAA